GUGCGCGGCUGAAUGAUGGUGUAAGCGUGAGAUCCCUCCUCCAAUCAACUUUCAAAGUUUCACCGAUGAGAAAUGCUAAAUCUAAAGGUAUGUUUAUGUCUUAGAGCUGAAAAGUCCCAGCUUUUGUCAUUUAUAUAACUUGUCUAAAGUCUUAAUUGGACGAGGAGGAAGAGUUCAGUUGUGUCUGUGGUGAUCUGAGGAGUUCAUUCAGGAUAAGAGCGCAGGGACCCAGGUGACUGGACUCGAUGAGAUGAUACUACAACACAACAGGAGUCCUCUUCUGCUCACCGUCACCUGCAUGUACUUCUCAGGAGGUUUACUGUGGUCCUAUCAAGAAGAGGAUGCCAGUGACGGUGAAGAGUGCUCCGAGAAUAACAUUUCUACAACAAAGUAUCCCUGCGUGAAGUCGACUGGAGAAGUUACGACGUGUUACAGAAAGAAAUGUUGCAAGGGCUUUAAGUUUGUCUUGGGCCAGUGCAUUCCUGAAGACUAUGACGUGUGUGCUGGCGCCCCCUGUGAGCAACAGUGUACUGACCAUUUUGGUCGAGUGGUGUGCACCUGUUACCCUGGCUACCGCUACGACCGUGAGCGCCACAGAAACCGAGAGAAGCCCUACUGUCUGGACAUUGAUGAAUGUGCAGACAAAAACAUGACUACAUGCUCUCAAAUCUGCAUCAACUCUGUGGGGAGCUACAGCUGUGAGUGUGAGAAAGGCUAUUUCCUGGAAGAAGAUGGGAAAACAUGCACCAAGGGGGAGAGAGCAGUGCAUCUCUUUGAGAAAUCUGACAAUGUGAUGAAUGCUGGAACUUGCUCAGCCACCUGUGACGAUUUCCACCAGAUCAAGAUGUCUGUCCUGCAGCUUAAACAGAAGAUGGCCAUGCUGUCAAACAGUGCUGAUGUCCCUGAGCAGAUGACCAGUGAGAAAAUCUUGACAUCGCCUGUAUUCUUAACAGGGCCUCCAGGUCUUCCUGGUCCUCCAGGAGAUCCAGGACCAGAGGGCUCUCCAGGACUUGCAGGACUGAUGGGCCCUCCUGGCCCUCCUGGACCCAGGGGCUUGAUGGGACCCAUUGGACCCACACCAGACCUGUCCCACAUUAAACGGGGCCCCAGAGGACCUGUGGGGCCUCCAGGAGCACCAGGAAAAGAUGGCCUGAAGGGGGAUAGAGGAGCUCCUGGGCUUGCCGGACCACCAGGCCCUCCAGGCUCCUUUGACUUCCUGCUUCUGCUGAUGGCAGACAUCCGGAACGAUAUUGCUGACCUGCAGAGCAAGGUGUACGGUCGACCGAUGCCCUCUCCGGGAGACGACUUUCCCGUUGUCCCCGACAGCUGGAGGGACGACCAGGACAGUCUGGAUACGGGCUCAGGUGAGGACUACAAGGAGCCUCCACCUCGGACAGGCGGAGGCUCCAAGAAGAACAAGAAGAGGAAACCAGCACCACAGAGAACAGACUUUGACUGGAAUAUCUGAGGAGGGUGGAUUUAAAUACUUUAUGUGAGGUGUAAAUAUUGAAGUGGUUUGCUUUUUUUAUUUAAGUGGUUUUUAACAGAAUGUACUGUAUGCCUUUUUGAUCACAGAUGUUUAUUUUUGUAUAUUAUACAAGAUUAUGUGUGACUAUUUUUUAACAGAAUGAGUAGACUGUGCAAAUGCAUGUUUUUUAUUUUUUUUUAUAUUUUCAGAAAUAUAUGGUUCCUCCACAGCACAUUAAAUAAGUCUCCCAUAAAAGCGGUUCUACCCCAUUAUUUUUGCCAAUAUAUUCCGCUUCACUCAAAAUAAAUAAGAAAGUAAGCAAUUUCUUAAUGAUGAAUCAGUUGACAUAAUCAUACUUAAAUUAAAAAAAGGGAUUAAAGCAGCACGAAUGUUGGAUUGGGGCGUUAAGACUCUGUACUGACUCUAAUGCCUUCAGUCUCCAUCUGUAACGCCUCACUGUAGUGUUCAGUUGCCAUGGCAGCAAAGUAAUAACAAGUUAAUGAAGAUGAAUACUUGCAAAGCCGCUUGAGAUUUGUUUCAAAACUGUUAUUGCUGAUGUAGUCAUGUUGACAUGCGCUGUGUCAAGUUGUAAUUCUUGUCUGGGCUUCAAAUAAUUUUUUGAUAAAAACAAUGCAUGUGUAAAUCAUUACAUAUUUUAGAUACUACAUGCCAAAUGGAACACACAUGCUGACACAAAGGAUAACAAGCUGACUCAUUUCUCUGCACACAGGCCCUGUCUUUGUCCACUUAACUUUAGUAGCCUGUCAAUGUUAUUCAUUAUUAGUAUAAAGGAAAGGUUCACAAUUUUUCAAGUCUGUCUUAAAACAAUAGUCAGGUGCCCAUAUGAUCAUUGAAACAGGUAAUAUUCAUACUGACCAUUAAAAGAUCCCUUCCUAAUGCACCAGCAUCAGUCCCCCUCUUUUUGUACUGACAUGGAUUUAAAUGUUUAUCUGAAGAUAAUAUAAUCUGAAAAUAAUAUUCAGCAGUCCAGGUUAGUCAAAUCAAGUGGAUAUCUUUAAAAUAUAAAGUCUUGUUAGCAUAAAAUUCCCUCUUUGUGUCUGGUCAGACAGUGUUUUCCUGUUGAGCUGAGGUGUAAGGAUCGUAACGAAAAGAGGUAAUUUGGUACUAAAAAAACUACAACUUUGAAAGAUAUCUGCUGGAUUUGACUCAUUUGGAUGGCCGAAGCGUCAUACUAGUUUCAGAUAAACUCUUAAAUACAUUUGUUCCCCAUCACUUACAUAGGAAGCACAUUAAGGGAUCCUUUAAUGGUCAGUAUGAACAGAAGGAAUGAUUAAAGCAAGCAAAACCUGUUUCAGUGUUUAUAGGGGUUGACAGACUUGAAAAAUUAUGAAUUUAUCUUUUAAAUCCAACCCUUGUUUAAUUCAAUUGCUGCAGGAAAUGUUCAAUUCAAAGCUUCCAUAAUAGGACAGAGUGAUGACCCUUCCCACUAAUUGUGAAAUGCAAUGCAACGACAUACAUAUCUAAACUCAUUUUAGGUUAUGGGGAACAAAAAUCAGGCCAUGUUCCUGGCUGUAUGCAGUCAGUUGUUGGGUGUGUGGAUGUUAGUUGACUGAAUUUCAAACAUGAUUUGAUUCUCUUCUCCACCAGAGGGAGACCUUCUCAAAGCAAAGCCUCCAACGUACUGACACUUAAAAAAUUCUGGGUAACGUCCCAUUUUUAGGUUCUUGGUUCAGCAGUACCGUAACAUUUGGAAAUAAAUGAAUUGCUAUGCAAGCUAGGAGAUUUCCACUUCUCUUCUCAGCAGAAAUGAAUGUUGGACUUGGCUUACUGAGUAAAAUGAGUCACACUGAAACUAACCAGAAAAUAUGAGAUGUGCUGAUUUUUAAGGCUGAAGACUCAGAACAUUUAUAAGAAUUCAUCUUACGGUUAGUGAGGAGAUUUACUCAUAUAUUCAAGACUUUACAUACAGUUACCACUGUAGAGAACUUACUUUAUUCGGGUAUUAUGUGAUGUAUGGCUGAAUCAUCACUGUGUCACAAGCACUGACAGAAAAAUGCAAAUAAAGUACACAAAAAAGUGUAAUAACAUCACUGAAAAUGCAUUAUUUUCUUCCAUUCUAAGUACAAUAUCUCACAACACAAAUAGGAUUAUAUAAUAUAAUAUUCCUCUAUUCCUUACUAUUAUUUAACAUAAUCUCACUCAGGUUUCCGCACUUUUAGGUAAAAUACUGAAUGGAGGUAUGAUGUCAUAGCUGGAAGAGGCAGAGCAGGCUGGGCCUCCGAAGGGAGGACAAGGUUUUGGCGUUGGGUGUCCAACGGAUUUUUGGAUAGGCCUUCUCUGAAGUCAUAAAACUUGUUAUUUCAAACUUUUUUUUGUUCACCUUUGACUCUCUCGCUCCUGGCUUGCAUCUAUCUGACUCUGCCUUUGCUUGGAAGAAGAGAAGUUGCUGAUACAAACUUGGGAGCUUGACCAAAACAAGGUGAUGUCACUUUUUUAUUUUCAUGAAUAACAAGACCGCACAAUAAAAAUAAAAAACUCUCAUGUAGUCUCAUGUAUCAGCACUGCUCCAAGGCUCUCAUAUUGUAUUAUAAUUCAUCAGCCACAGCAGAAUAAAGUGAUUUAUCACAGCUGUCAAGUGAGCAUGAGAACUUUUAUUUUGCACAUUAUGACUUCUAAUUAAA